AUGCGCGCCUCUACGGCUGUCAGCGGGAUUCGCGGCAUCUUUCCGCUCAUCCGCUCGCUCGCGCCGCAGGCAAUCUCUGCGCCCUUCACGCUCUCUGCGCUUCGAGGAUUACGACUGGCGAUCGAUGCCACGCUGUUGGUACAACGGCUACACUUUGCAGAUGAUCCCCAUACGUCUCGCCAUGUGAUUGGUUUCUACAGGCUAAUCACUUCGAUGCAUCAACAUGGCGUCAUCCCAAUGAUGGUGUUCGACCAUCCGCAAAAGAGAUUGGCCUUGAAGGACCGCGAGCAAGUCAAGCGCAGACAUAAGCGUGAACUCGAUCGUAUACGCAGCAAGCUCGAACGCGAACGACGCGGUCGGCUCGUUGAACUUGAGACGCAUCUUGACGCGCUGUCCGAGUUGCAAGAAUCCGAACGUCGACACGUGGCAGAGCUGCUGGAUCAAUGGAGAGCACAAUCGCAAGAGUCAUCCUCAUCUAGCGUGCAUCCGCCAUCGCUGCCAUCGACACCGUCAAGACCGGAAACAGUAGCCUACAACAUGCACACGAACUGGUUGCAACUCGAAGAGAGCCUACGUGAUGGUGGCUCAAGCCAUUCCAAAGGCCAAAGGGUGCUCGCCGAGGCCGAGAAGCAGGUCUACCAGACAAUCGCCGCUCAACUUAGAUCAGGCGAGGCUCCACAUCCGUUGCCUGCGCUGGAUCAAGAAAUGGACACUCCGCUCGAUGCAACACAUGAUGCAACUCCACCCCUCUCUCUGACUUCGCUAAAUGCAAUGCACCAUUCGCUCACAAAGACCUACGACCGAGCAACCUCGCCUCUCUCAGCGUCGAUCUAUCAAGACUGUGCCAUGCUCUCGUCGCUCAUGGCUGUGCCGGUGUUUUGGACGGGUGACGGCACACGCACAGGCGGAGGCCGGAUUCACGAAGCAGAAGCAUAUGCUGCCUCGCUCGUCCGUUCGGGAUUUGCAGAUCUGGUGGCGAGCGAGGACAGCGACGUGCUGCUGUACGAAGCGCCUCUUUUACGCGGGCUGAUGGGUGGGAUACGCACUGCUGGCGGCUUGAGCACCGACAGAGGUGCGAGAGGAAAGCUCGAGGUUGUCUGCGGAACUCGAGCACGUACCCGCCUGUUUCCACGCUCAGACCUCCACAAGUUGAUCCCAGAAGUCUCGAGUGCUCAAAUUGUCAAUGCGCGAGAAGGCCAAUCGGACGUAUACGAGCGAUUAUCCCGUUCGCUCAUGCUUGACUUCGCCCUUCUCUGUGGCACCGACUUCAACCGUACGAUUCCAGGUAUCGGACCGAAAACAGCGUUGCGUCUACUGAAAGAACACGGUAGCAUCUCGACUAUCCUACGCAAAGAGUCGAAAAAGUUUCGCCCGCCAGAUGGAUUGUCGAUCCGAGAGUAUGAGACCGAAAUCCGACAUGCGAGGAUGGUGUUUCUGCAACCGCCCAAGGUGCGAGCUGCGGCAAGGUCGAUACUGGGUAGUGCGGCAUCGAUCGAGGCUGCUGCAUCGCAAUCGAGGGUGGGUAACAGUGUCGAAAGCGUACUGUUUGGUGAGGAUUCCGUGGCGCCGCAGCAAGUUGUGGCUCAUGGUGGCACGCCAGAUGCCGCAGGUGCGCUGGAUGCUGCAGUCAACACAUACUGCACCGCAGAGCUCGCCUUGGACACGCACGUGUCGGAGCUCUCCACCGACACAGCGACCGAUUCGGCCGCAACAAACUCGACCGCCGCCUCCACCACCGCUCCAGGAAUCCUGUCGUACGACCGCCAACGCGUACACCACUUUCUCCGCUCACACGGCGUCUUCCGCGCGCCUGACACCCAUCCCCACUGGCCACUGGAAACGUUGGACCAUCCCGAAUCACGCCAACAAGAGUGGCGCGAUCUGCUCGACCUCGAACUCGGCCUCACCUCUCCCAGCCGCGACAGUACGGCCAUCGAACCAGACGAUGCGCGCCGAGCAACAAACGCGCGCUUGCAAAUCGCAACUCUAGGUGCAGAUUUCUUUGGAGAACGCCAAGUCGUCGCUUGUUGGCAACCGCAUAUGGAACAACAGCUGAGGAAAGGGACGAGCGACGCACUGCCGAAUCGGCCCGAGUCCUAG